AUGUCAACCUUUAAGGGCAUCCUAGCCGAAUUCCCCCAUAUUAGGAUCGAUUAUUUCAGACAGCAAUCUGGACACAAAGCGCCUUUGGCGUGCUUCCUUAGUCAUGUCCAUUCAGAUCAUCUCGCCGGACUUGAGUCUUUUAGGGCUCCAUUUGUGUAUUGUUCCGCCGCUACUCGAGAGAUCCUUCUACGACUCGAGAAGUACCAUUAUCGAGUCAACUACGCAAAGGGCCUCUUAGAAAGUCGCCAUGUAACGUACGACCGAAGCAUGUGCAAAUUGGCUAAGCCGCUUCCCAUGGAUACACCGACGACGAUUGAGCUAGCACCGGGGAACAACAUACGGGUUACGCUGCUGGACGCUAAUCACUGUAUCGGCGCUGUCAUGUUUUUGAUUGAGGGCGACGGCAAAGCCAUCCUCUACACAGGGGAUAUUCGAGCAGAACCGUGGUGGGUGAACUCAUUGGUUCAGAACCCUAUGUUACUACCUUACACACUUGGUGUCCGCCGACUGGAUUGCCUGUAUUUAGAUACGACGUUUGCAACGAGGAGCGAGCCUUAUCGCGAGUUCCCAAGCAAAGCAGAAGGCAUUAGAGAGCUUCUAGAAAAGGUUAGUGAAUACCCUCAGGACACUAUCUUCUACUUUCAUUCUUGGACAUUUGGGUAUGAAAAUGUGUGGAUCGCACUUUCAGCUUUUUUGAACUCGCAGAUACAUUUGGACGACUACCGAGCACGCAUGUAUGGUUCACUCUCUACCUUGGAAAAGAAACAACUUCGAGAGAUUGGCCUGCACGUUCCAUCCGACAACAAGUCCCUUCGAGAGUCCGGCCUUGAAAUUCGUGAAGCCCCUGCGUUAUGCGGCUUCAGGAACGGGAAUCACAUACAGCCCGGUUGCUUGACGUCGAGAGAGAGCGUUCGCAUUCACAGUUGUGAACGCGGUAUGGGCUGUCGCGUUAUAGACUGUGACAAGGAUGCAAAAACUGUGCAUAUCAUCCCUAUCAUCACCCGGGCUAAUGGGGCUGAGAUCGCCGAACUUGGGGCGGGAGGUGGCAAAGGCGAUUUAGAUAAGAAGGAAGAGCUGGACACAGGUAGCACUGCUGAUGUGGGUAAACUCCUGGAACUUUGCGCAAGAUUUAUCGAAGAUGAGGAAGCGCUCUCGAAGGUAUCCGCGCUACUCCAACAGACAGUCAAUGAGGGCGGUAACAGGCUCAACUUAGACAUGCACCUGCAGCAAGGAAGCCAGGGUAACCAGGACGCAUUGUCGCUUCAGACGCUUGUGUCGGUUCUCGGAUCUAAUGCUUCGAAAGGCGAGGAUACCAAGCAGCCACGGAACACAACGAUUCGAUUUCCAUACUCUCGGCACUCAUCUUACUCGGAGCUGUGUGGGUUUGUCGAAGCAUUCAAACCUAUGGAUGUUUUCCCCUGCACGGUCGACGAAGAUAGCUGGACACCAGUAUUCAGUAUGCGUACCCUUUUUGGAACAUUCUGCUCUCGCAACGUCUUUCGGCAUGACGCUGAAAUGAUGGAAUUGUAUGACUUGAAGCUAGCGUACAAGAAAGGAAGGAAACAACACCGAGAAGAAACCCAGAGAGAUACGCAGAUGACGGAUGAAGCAGUGACUGCGAGCCCUGUUGAGCCAAAGCAUGUCCCAUUGGAGGAGACAAAACCGGCACAAUCGUUCGAAUCACCUGACUUCGUUACACCGCCCACGACAGUGGGUGACACCAAGGAAAAUAUCACCCCAACAAGACGCGUCCAGAUUCCACGCGCAUCUCCCACAUCAAUAGCAACGGAUCUAGAAUCCUCAUUAGAUUCCUCCGCUCUUGGGACAAUGCUUGCGACGCCGAGUUCUAAAGGAACGAAAAGGAAAAGACAGCAGUUUUCGAAUCGAGAAAUUGCGUAUCACGCUGCUAUUGGCACUCACGGCCUUACUUGGAGUGACUAUGGUGGACUCAUAUCGACUAGAAGUAAGGCCGACCAAGAAGAGCAGGAGCUUUGA